AUGGGGCCGUCGGGGAAGUGGAUCAAGACGCUGGUGGGGCUCAAGCCGGAGAAGGAGAAGCACGGCGGCAAGGGCCGCAAGUGGAGCCGGCUGUGGCGGAGCUCCUCCGGCGGGCAGAACCACCGGCCCCCCGCGUCGGCGGCGGCCUCCGAGGUCUCCGAGACCUCGUCCUCGACCGCCGCAGCCGACGCGCUCAGCUCCGUCGUCGCGGCCGUCGUGCGCGCCACGCCCAGGGACUUCCGCGUCAUCCGCCACGAGUGGGCCGCGCUCCGCAUCCAGACCGCCUUCCGCGGAUUCCUGGCCAGGAGGGCGCUGAGGGCGCUGCGGGGCAUCGUGCGGCUGCAGGCGCUGGUGCGCGGCCGCCGCGUGCGCAAGCAGCUCGCCGUCACCGUCAAGUGCAUGCAGGCGCUCGUCAGGGUGCAGGCGCGGGCAAGGGACCGACGCACGCGCCUCUCCGCCGACUCCCAGGGCGACGCGCUCGACGAACGCGCCAGCAACGCGGAUCCCGUCAAGGAGGCAGAGACAGGAUGGUGCGAUAGUCAAGGAACUGUGGAUGAUGUAAGAUCAAAGCUAUACAUGAGGCGUGAGGGUGCAAUCAAGAGAGAGAGGGCCAUCGCUUAUGCUCUCUCUCACCAGCAGCGGAGCUCAAGCCAUAGCGGAAGACCCAGCUCUCCUGCUGUUUCUCUUAGGAAUCAUGCUGUUAAUAGGAACAGCCAGCUGAGCUAUUUGGAUGGGUGGAUGGCGACGAAACCCUGGGAGAGUCGCCUUCUGGAGCAAUCACAUAGUGAACAGACCACUUCCAGGUGUUCAGAGAGUAUCGACGAAAUGAACGAAGUCAGCUCAAAGCUUUCUGAAGCGAGCUCAGUCAAGAUCAAAAGAAACAAUGUCACGACUAGGGUGUCAGCAAAGCCUCCUUCAGUAAUCGCAGUGGGUGACGAGAGCGCUCCAUCAACAUCUUCGGUUACUCCAAUGUCUGGCAACAACUUCGCAACUUCAGAAAGAAGAUCUGACUGUGGGCAGGGUGGUGGGCCGAGCUACAUGGGCUUGACCAAAUCAGCUAAGGCAAGGCUGAGCGGAUCUGGCUCCCAUAAACCACCGCUUCAAAGACAAGGAUCAUGUGAUACGCAUAACUACAGCAGGGGAGCAUUCUCUUCAAUACAUGUUCAGAGCACUGCGGGUUCUGAAGUUUCAGUUACUUCAAAGAGGUUGAACAGUUUGGCUCUGAAAGGUCGUGGCACUAGAAGAAGUUUGGACAAGGAGAAUGAUGAUCAAUCUAGUUCUUUCCAUUAGGACGUGAACCCUACUUAUUAAUUG